AUGGCGCUUAGGGCACCUAGGAUGAGCAUGGACCCGAUGCCGAGCGCGCCCAACCCCGUCUCAAAGCUGUGGGGGGAGUGGACAGAUAUCGAAGUCAAGGCUGCGACAGUGAUCUGGGUGAACCGUCUUGUCAUCGGUCUUGAUCUCUGUCCCUUUGCCUUAGCGUCCAUGCCAGGGCUGAGAGUUGUUGUGUCUAGCGCCAUGGACAAGGAGCAAGCGCUCGAUACGCUGGCGGAGGAGAUGGGGUACCUUGCUGAGACCCCAAAGGACAAGCCAGCGACGACACUCGUUGUGUUUCCUCCUGCUCUCUUCGACAAGGAGCAGAACGUCACCAUGAUGCUCAAGGGGCUGGAGGACCCAGCGGAAGGGGAGGGGAGGAUGGGGAGCCUGUCGCCAGGUGAGGACAACUUGGCGGCGCCUGCAAUGGAAGUGAGGAUGAAGGGGGAGAUUAUGGCGGAGGACGGGGGCGCUGCACCGGUCGCUGCGAUGGAGAAUUUUGUUGCGGAGGAGACGCAGCUGGGGGAGGAGGAGGGGGUGAAGGAGCAGUUUUUCAACGAGGUGGAGGUGGACGAGGAAGAGCUCAGGGCGGAAAGCAACUUUGCGAAUUUCAUGGAGAUGGCGUACGAGGCGAUAGCUCUUUCCCAGGACCUCUUCGGCGACGACGCAGCCAGCGAAAUGCUCCUGCUUACCUUCCACCCCAACUCCACCUUCAGCUCCGUCCCCUUCGACCCAGCGGACUUUGCGCUGCGCUCUCCCUUCCCUACUGUUCACCUGCUGCGGGGGGUGGAUAUCCGCAAGGCGGAGGAGUCUUGCGAGCGACGGAACAGCACGACAGAGGAGAUUGCGAUGAGAAAUGAAGCAAGAUUGAGGGGCAUGGGAUACCGCGAGCUCGUGGAGAUGCUGGGCGAUAUCUACGUGAGAGCCAAGGGGGUGACAGCAUGA